CGGGAGGACGAGAAGCAGAACUUUUGACGGAGCUUUACGUGGGUUUUUAACGGAUAAACAACAAUAACAACAACAACUAUAGGGCUUAACGAGAAACUAAACACGGCCCAGAGUACACAUUAUCUCAGCAGUGGUUAUUUGAAAACGUUGCCUGUGUAAACCAUUAGUUCCGCAUCAGCUUGACGUCUAUUCGCGAGGUGUAAUGUGUCCAUAAGUUGCUAAGCUAAGCGGUAAGUUAGGUUCUUAACGUGUUGAGAACGAAGAGCAGCUGACUCGGUGACAUGGCUGAAAGGAAACACAAGGAAAAUGAUGUCAGCCUUCCCUUUGCUGCCCUCCAGCUCCUGGCCCCGCCGGUGCGCCUGGUGUCUGCGGCCCUGUGGAAAGUGAUGAAGCAGAGGGAUGUGAUGCAGUACGGGGUUCUGGAGGAGGUCGUGACGUCCACCUGCGAGACCGUCCCGGGGCUGCUCACCGUGAGACACCAGGGCAAGCUGGCACUGGGGCUGAGAGGACGGUUAAUCUUGGAGCUGUGCAGUGCCAAGCCAGACGAAAAGGUGAUUGCGCCACACCUGCAAAGGAUGCGCGCCCCUGCUGCCAUGUCACUCUCCUCCGCUACUGUGAAGAGGGAUGUAAAAAUCAUUAGAACAGUGGAAAGUUUCCAUUCAUUGGUUCACACUCUGCUAAAAGACCCAACAGUGAGGGAACACUUCUUCAAGGAGGAGUUUCCUGUGGAUUACGGUCCAAAGUUUGACCAGGAGCUGGAGAAGCUGCUGUGGGAGUUUUUGAUUCGACUGGAUCAGUUACUUCCGGUUCCCAACUUGGCUCAGACCGUGAUGUGGCUCAGUGACGCCCCCCCUGUGCUGGAGGAGUGUGCGCAGGCGGCCACCCAACCACAGCUCCUGAAGAUCUUGCUUGAACAUCAGACCUGUCUGGGUCACCUGGAGGCUGCAGCAUCCCUUCCACCAAACAUGGGAGACUCCAUCCUAACUUCACUUUCUCUGCCGCCUUCUGGAAGAAUACCUUCAAAUGGACCAACGGGAGCCAAAAGGUCUGGAGCGGACCAGUCCGGUGGCACAAGAGACAAGACGGCCUUCAUUACGCCCGUUAUCGGACUGAUGUCUAACGAAGAUGUGCCCUUUAUGAUCCGGACAAAAGAUGCAACAAAUGAGCACUUGCACCGCAAAGAGAACUUGAAAUACACCGUGGUUAAAGAGAGACAAAACCCCAAAGAUGGUCAAGUACGAGUGAAGGGCGAGAGGAACGAAUCAAAAAGAAGCAGUGGAAUGAAACGCAAGCAACCUGACGAAGGAGAAGAGCAAUGCGAUGAUGAGGAGGAGGAAGUGUUGGACAUGACUGGAUCUUGGAAAAAAGGAAUGAGCAGGAGUUUGAGUAGAGCGAGCACUGUCGCGCAGAAAAGAGGUGAAGGAGGAGGCGGAGCUGUAAAAAAAGAGGAGUGUAACAGGGCGGCCCUGAAAACCUGCAUGACCCGGCUGGGUGUCAAAGCGCUGCCUGAAGACCCGUCAGCCCGCUCACUCUUUAUCUCCUGCCUGAUGAAUCAACCCAGAGUUGUUCUAGAAAGAAUGACCAGCGCUGACGGGGGAGGAGCUAAAUCCCCGUGUGUGAAACGGGAGGCCCGGAGGAGAAAGUCUCCAGUCAAAGCACCAACGCAGAGUCAGAGUCGCCCUCAAAAGCCUGACCCGGAUGUCCCUGGCCUGGACGAUAAAGAAAAUCUACCUGUAUUACCGAGUAUAAGCAGCUCUCCCUCUCACCAACGUCGUAACGCAGGAGACGCCGACGACUACGUAGCUGAUUCUGAGGAUGAGGCGACGAAGAACUUCAAAGUCAGGCUGUUCAUGAAGCGCUACUACAAGACCAAACACGGCACUUACGUCCCCACUCUGCGGGAGUACUGGAAGCCCGGGAUGACGCGGCGGGACAUGACGUCACCUGGAAGCAAACUCAGAUGAUGAAAUUGAUUUUUUUUCCUCAGAAUGAUGCCAGAGAACUGAAACUGUGGUUACGUGGUUUUUUUUUUCUCUCCACCAGCUGCGAUGACGGAGAAUCCCCAAAUACAUUGAAUUUCUUUUUCGUUUUUUUCCCUCCUCCUUUUCACUUCAGUUGAAUCCGAUUUGAGCUUCAGUCAGUGGUAAACAACCCCAGACGUGAUGGUCAUGGGUUUCAGUCUGAUCAUACAAACGUAUGUGUCAUUGUGCAAUAUUCACGGGGCGGAUUGCAUGCAAUUAACGACCAGAAUACUUUAAAAACCUGUAAUGUGUUGAGUUAGAAAACAUGUCAUUGGAUGGACUGCCUAUCACACAGCUAAUGGCAAAAAGAGUCGUCUUGAACGGCUCCUGCAUCCAACUAAUGUCGUAUGUGAAGUUAGAGGAAUCUGUAAAUAGUUGUACAAAAAAAACUUCUACAACUGGGUUUGUCAAGCAUAUGUAUA